ACCAGUUCGAACCAGACGUCCGCGUGUUCCAGUGGUCCGCUGGCGUUCACGACCCAUUCGUCAUAUUACAUUAUUGUUAAUACAUAAUAUCAUAUUUGAAUUUACCGAUCGCGACUUUUCUCACUUUGUCUUGAUCGCUACGACUGCACGCGUAUUUAAUAAUAAUAAUAAUAUUAUUAUUAUUAUUAUUAUUAUCAUCACUUGCAUUAUUAUUAUUAUUUUCACAUUCGACGAUUUGCGACGCGUACACAGUUGUUGUGUCAACUUUGAUUCAAUAUAAUUCUGUACGAUAACAUUAGUGAGUCGUUUACGGUUUUUUUAUUAUUUUUUCAUCCCGAAGAUAUUCCGAUUUUCAACUACGCCUGACCGUUGCGACACGCCACGAGCACGUGCCUGUUUUCCGGAUGCUUAAAUGAGAACCAUCGCUUUCACAUGGAUAUCACACAAAUAUUACUCUUUGCAUCAGGCGUUCUCCUAACCUGCGAACCGACCGGCGCCCAAAAUGACUUGUCGCUGACGUACCGAGUGUCCGCCGAGCGAAUUGUACAGGACACCAGUAACUAUGUGGAAACCCGGAGUGCAGAACAAAAGUUUUUGAAAAAGUACAUGCUAUCGCCGGACGUGACAUGCAACGACGGAUCUCCGGCAGGGUUUUACGUGCGCCAUUCGAACUCCAGUAAGACAUGGAUAGUGUUUCUCGAAGAGGGCUGGUGUUGUUACGACAAAGCAAGUUGUGACGAACGUUGGUCGCGAGCCGAAUACCUCAUGUCGUCGAAAGAAUGGCCCGAAACCCGAACAGGCGGAGGAAUAUUGUCCAACAAUGCGGCUGAAAAUCCUUACUGGUGGCAGGCUAAUCACGUUUUCGUGCCGUAUUGUACUAGUGAUAUAUGGACGGGUCGGAGAGCAGAACCACAACACGGGUCUAAAUUCACUUUUAUGGGCUCCAUAGUGAUUAAGCAAGUCAUCAGAGAGUUAUUAACUAUAGGUUUGGCCAAUGCCAACGCUCUCAUACUUUCUGGAAGCAGCGCUGGGGGUGUUGGAGUCAUGUUGAACCUGGAUCCCAUUCAAAAGAUGUUGAGACAGUACAGCGGUAUGUCGGUGCACGGUAUCACGGACUCCGGUUGGUUCAUGGACCAACAGCCGUACGAUAUCGAGGACGAAGGGGGUUCGUCGGCGUCGCCGGUCGAAGCCGUGAAAAAAGGCAUCCCUUAUUGGCACAGUCAGAUACCGUCCAGGUGUCGGAACCUCUACAUCAACGAGCCUUCCAAGUGUUUUAUCGGUUACAAGAUUUAUCCUACACUGUCGGUCCCGUUGUUCGUGUUUCAAUGGUUGUACGACGAGUUCCAGCUGAAAAAUGACGUCGGCACGCCCGUAACCAAACAGCAAUGGGACUACAUACACAAGAUGGGCGAAAGGCUGCGAAAAUCGUUACUAAACGUCACGUCGGUGUUCGCCCCGUCUUGCGUUUCCCAUACGGUGCUCACGAAGAAGGACUGGAAGAACAUCAAGAUCGACUCGGUGUCCCUGCCUACGGCGUUGCACUGCUGGCAGACCGAGACGAGGUUCGCGAAGAUGAACGGAAACGGAAACGGAAACAACAACAAUUACAACAACAACAACAGCAACAAGUCUAGCCAGUCUAGACCUGGCCGGGCGAACGGCAACGGCAACGGCAACCGCGGUGCGGGAGGAGGCCAUAACAACAAGAGAUUGACGAAGGUCGACAGGCGGACGGCGACCGAUAACGCGACCAAGAGGAAACAGAAUAAGAUGCAUCGCAACGAUCAUCGAUCUGGAGCAUUGAUUCAUAAGAAACGCAGACGUCACCACAAAAAUCACGGGGGCUGCAGACACCAGCAUAUUCAGAGCUGCACUUGGCCGCAGUGCAACAACUCGUGUCCAAAGCUUCAAAAUCCGGCAACGGGCGAAGAAGUGGACUUCAUCGAGUUGCUGCAGUCGUUUGGUGUGAGUAUACCAAGCCUGUCGACCGAGCUGGGAAUCGAUAUGGAAUCGCUGGUACACAUGGACCAGGAAGAGCUGCUGAACCUGCUCACCCAACAGUCCAAUUAAACCAGUACUGAUACGAUUGUCAUCAUAGUUUGGGGGGGAGGGGGGGGGGUCGGUAGUAGGUCUAGGGAUGGGGUGUGCAUUAUGAUGUGGGAUAAGGGAUGGGUCGACGCGGGAUUUCAAAAUAUAGUAAUAUUUAUUGGGGUGUUUUGUGUCUGGGCUUUACUGGAACGCGUCAAAGUUUACCAAAAAAAAAAAAAAAAAUAAUAAAAAACAGAAAA